AUGGCUGUCUCCGCACCCCCGGUGAUCUCUGCAACUUCUAGCGGAGCCAGCAUCCCAGGGGGCUUAUUUCGGGCAGAAACCUCGUACUCGACUCCUGGAGAGCCUUCUCGUCUCACACAUAAUAUGAUCAACAGUUUCAUGGCCAAUAACCACAGCGGCAGCGCUGGUGUUGGCGGGAUCGGUGGAGCCAGCGGAGGCAGCGGCAACACUAAUACCAACGAGUGCAGGAUGGUCGACAUGCACGGUGUUAAGGUGGCUUCAUUCCUGAUGGACGGUCAGGAACUGAUUUGCCUGCCGCAAGUCUUUGAUCUCUUCCUGAAGCACCUGGUGGGAGGCUUGCACACGGUAUACACCAAGCUCAAAAGACUGGACAUAUCCCCCGUGGUGUGUACUGUGGAGCAGGUCCGGAUCCUCCGCGGUCUGGGGGCCAUCCAGCCUGGGGUGAACCGCUGCAAACUCAUCACCAGAAAAGACUUUGAAACUUUGUUCACCGAUUGCACCAAUGCCAGUUCCAGGCCUGGCAGGCCUCCUAAGCGUUCUUUGGGAGUGUUGCAGGACAAUGCUCGCCUUCUGCCCCAUUCAGUCCCCAGCCUUUUAUCACCAGGACUUACCACUCCAACAGGUAUAACAGCUGCAGCAAUGGCUGAGGCAAUGAAGCUGCAGAAGAUGAAGCUUAUGGCAAUAAACACUCUUCAGGGAAAUGGAAACCAAAAUGGGACUGAGUCAGAGCCUGAUGAUCUUAAUUCUAAUACUGGUGGAAGUGAAUCCUCCUGGGAUAAGGAUAAGAUGCAAUCUUCUCUUGCUGCUCCUGGACCCCAACAUGGACUUGCUCAUGCAGCCCUGGCUAGCCAGCCAGGCCUUGGGGGUACUCCUGCCCUCAAUCCACUGCAGCAGAACCACUUACUGACCAACAGACUGGAUCUGCCAUUUAUGAUGAUGCCUCAUCCCCUACUUCCAGUCAGCUUACCUCCUGCAUCAGUUGCCAUGGCAAUGAAUCAAAUGAACCAUCUCAAUACUAUUGCCAACAUGGCUGCUGCAGCCCAGAUUCACAGUCCACUCUCCAGAGCUGGGGCUUCUGUUAUAAAGGAACGGAUCCCAGAGAGUCCUUCUCCUGCUCCCUCUCUGGAAGAGGAUCAUCAUCCUGAAAGUCAGAUUUCCUCCCACCCCAGCAGCAGUGUGUCCAGCUCUCCCUCUCAGAUGGAUCACCAUUCAGAGAGAAUGGAAGAAUUACCAUUUCAAAUCCCAAUGAUGAAGUCACCCUUGGACAAAAUCCAACUGACUCCUGGGCAGGCACUGUCUCCUGGAUUCCCUGGACCAUUCAUUUUUGCUGAUAGUCUGUCCUCCGUGGAGACUCUGUUGACCAACAUUCAGGGUCUACUGAAAGUGGCUUUGGAUAAUGCUCACUUCCAGGAGAAGCAGAUUCAACAAGAAAAAAAAGAACUGCAAAUGGAGCUCUAUAGAGAAAGAGAAAUUAGAGGAAACCUUGAAAAACAACUUGCAGUUGAGAUUCAAAGCAGAACUACCAUGCAAAAGCGUCUAAAGAAGGAGAAAAAAGCCAAGAGAAAACUGCAGGAAGCCUUGGAAUUUGAAUCAAAGCGCCGGGAACAAGUGGAACAAGCACUUAAGCAAGCCACUACUGGUGACAGUGGCCCGAGGAUGUUGAAAGAUACUGGAAUUCCAGACACUGAAGUAGAAAACAGUGGAACUCCUCAUAAUAGUACUACUAUGCAAGGAGGUAACUAUUACUGUUUAGCAAUGGCACAACAGUCUUAUUCGGCCUGAAAGGUCCUCGCUGGCUUUACAUGAAUGAAGAUGCUUGUGAUUCCAGUUUAUCUCUGAAACUAUUCAAUAUGGAAUUAUUUCAAUUGUGUUUAUCAACAAAGAUUUGUUUAAUGAAGCAUCUAUGCAGUCCAUAUUACAUUAAAAUAGGAACAUGUGUACAGUUUAAAUGCAAUGAUGUAAACUUUGUCCUUGCAUUUGAUUGAUCAGUUUAAAAAUAUGAGCUAAAAAAAAAAAAAGAAUAUGAGCUAAAUCCUAAUGGGUAAAGUAACCUGACCAUAUGUGAUGCUCUUCUAUGCCCACCUCAGCUUGGCUUUUUGUCUUUUAAGGAAAAAAAAUGCAGUAGUGUGUUAGAGCCUGGAAACAUAUGUGUUGUUUCUCUGUUCUGCCAUAUAUUAAGUUAAAGUACACCCUCUUUGUUAAAUAUGUACUUGCUAAA